AUGCUUUGUGUGUGGUGGAAUGCUAAGGGAUUGGCUCAUUUGGAAAUAUUAGAUAAAGGAGACACUGUUGACGGGAGACUUUAUGCAGAACAAAUGGGUCGAGUCGAUCCAGCGUUGAGGAAAAAGAGGAUCGAUCCAUCGAAGGUCAGAUUUCUUCACGACAAUGCUAGGCCUCACAUUUCAAAGAUCGUCCACGAACAAAUCGACAAGUUGAGCUGGAAACUUCUUCCACACCCACCAUACAGCCCUGAUCUAGCCCCAUCGGAUUACCAUCUCUUUCGGUCAAUGAAACAAGCAGUUUCUGGACAGCAGUUCAAACAAAAGCAGGACAUCGAAAAUUGGGUUGCCAACUAUUUUGCCUCUAAAAAUCUU